UCAAUAAAGGAAAUAAACUGCUUCCAGAAAGAAGAGUUGAGUCUGAAUAUUGGAUUGACCUGACUAAAAGUUUUAUCCACUUGACAAGUUUCAACAACCAAAAUGAUAUUUCGCCGAUUGUAUCAUGUUUCAGUUACAUAUUAUUCUGUUAAAAAACUAGGAAAUAAAUUGUGUAAAAUGAUUAAUCCGAAAAAUAAGAAGCAUUAUUAUCUACCAUAUACAAUGGAGAAUAGUUUUAUGCCAAGCGUGAAAAGCUUAACAAAAAUACAGAGAGAACCUGGUAAGCAAGGAGUCCGCAGAGUGGCAAUGUUGAACAAAUUAUUCAUGAAACAAAUUACUGACAUUAUGUCUACGGGCACUGUUUCAAUGGAUAUUGUUGGCCGUGGCAUUGAAAUAUCUAAAGUGCAAGUUACUCCCGAUUUGCAAACUGUAAAUGUUUUUUGGGUUUGCAAAGGUGAUGCCUCAGAUGAUGAAACAGAAUCAGUACUAAAAAGCACUGCAGGCGCAUUACGACAUGAGCUUUCCACUCUUAGAGUAAUGGGAGAAGUUCCAUAUAUAGUCUUUGUUAAAGAUAAACAUGAAGCGUUGAUCACAGAUUUGGACCGUCGUUUAUCAAUAGCUGAUUACGGCGAGGACUACCAAACUACGCAACUCGGGCAUUUACUAAAAACUGAGUUUACACUUGAUACAAAAUUAUCACCUGAAAUGAAGGCUAAGAUAAAACAAUUAGAAGACGAAACGCCAUUAACUCAGGAGCCUAUACCGGAAAUGACUCACAAUGUUUAUGGAUUAGACCAUGCAAAGAUUAUGAGUAGGUUAUUGGCUACGCGGAAGAGAAGCAAAGAUGCUUGGAACAAUUUAGACUCAAAUAAAGCAAUUAUAACGUAUAGAACAUCAGAUUAUGAAGCAUCCGAGCUGGAUACAGACCAACAGAAACAGCAGUUGGCUGAUUUCUUACAGAAAAGACAGAUUCUUCAGAACAAAUUGCAUAAACAGUUGCGCAAACCGAAUGAUGAGUGGCGAUUAGCAGAUGAUCAAGACGAUGAUGAUGAUGAGAACGCAUACGAAGAGUUUGAAGACGAGGACGAAGACGACUAUUACGAUGAGAGCGAGGACAUUUACGACAGCACAAUUACGGCAGAGAAAAAGACUCACACUAGCGUAUAG